AUGGAUAAGUCAUGGAUGGAAGAGAAGAGAGAAACCCCACAAUUCGUAGAAGGAUUUAAUAACUUUUUAGAGUUUGCCCUAAAGAAUUGUAGCGAUCCUGAAAAAAUUCGCUGUCCUUGUGUCGAUUGUGGUAAUAUAUCAAAAGGAAAUAUUACCAUGUUAAAGAAUCAUGUAUUUUGUCGUGGAAUCGAUAAAAGUUAUACUAAAUGGUAUUGGCAUGGGGAAUCGAUGAAGGGAGACCCAUAUCCGUUAGAAUUGCUUGAUGAUGCUCAAGAAGAGUUUAUUCAUGAUCCUGAAAAAUUUGAUAGCAUGGUUAGAGAUGCAGAUAAGUCGUUAUUUAGUGGUUGUGAAAAACGCCGACUAUCAACUAUGGUGAAAUUUUAUAACAUAAAGGCGGAGAAUGGAGUAAGUGAUAAGUGUUUUAGUCAAUUUCUAUCUGCUUUUAAAGAGAUCCUGCCGAUGGAAAAUUGCUUUCCAGAGUCGACAUAUGAGGUGAAGAAAACUUUAAGUUCGAUAGGGUUGAAGUAUGAGAAGAUUCAUGCAUGUCCAAAUGAUUGCAUUUUAUAUCGUAAAGAGCAUGCCCACAUGGACACUUGUCCGGAAUGUGGUUUGCCACGGUACAAGCCGAACAAGAGUAAGGAGAUCCGAAAACUUAUUCCAGAGAAAGUCUUGUGGUACAUGCCUUUAAUUCCGCGACUGAAGCGGUUCUAUCGAAGUGCAGAAACUGCUGAAAACUUAUUAUGGCACGAGAAAAGGCGAGUGAAAGACGGUAAACUCCGACAUCCUGCUGAUUCACAGGCUUGGAAAAAAGUAAAUUAUUUGAAUCCAGACUUCGCAGCUGAACCAAGACAUCUACGGCUUGGUCUAUCAGCCGAUGGAGUAAAUCCACAUAGAUCUCUUAGCAGCCGACAUAGUUCAUGGCCUGUGUUUCUUGUUAUGUACAACCUUCCUCCUUGGUUGGUGAUGAAAAGGAAAUUUACGAUGUUAUCGCUAAUGAUUUCAGGGCCUAAACAGCCGGGACAUGAUAUCGAUGUUUAUUUGGCACCAUUAGUUGAUGACUUGAAAGAGUUGUACGAAGAUGGUGUUGAUGCAUACGAUGGUUUUAAGAAAGAAGUUUUUAAGUUGAAGGUUGUGCUGUUGUGGACUGUUAGUGAUUUCCCUGCGUAUAGUAAUCUAUCAGGGUUGAGCACAAAAGGCUAUGAAGGUUGUCCUAUUUGUUGUACCAAUACACGAGCUCGUCGGUUGUCAAAUGGACGCAAAAUGUGUUACAUGGGCCAUAGACGAUAUUUGCCCCUAAGUCACCCUGACAGAAAUAAAAAACAAGCAUUUGACGGUACUGUAGAACGAGAAGUUGCACCUUUGCCACUUUCAGGGCGACAAAUUCUUGAAGAAGUUGAGAAAAUAGAUUUCAAGUAUGGAAAGGGCAAGAAAAAGAGAAACCCCAAUGGAUGUUUUCAAAGAAAAUCGAUUUUCUUCCGUCUUCCAUACUGGAAAGAUUUACUUGUUAGACAUUGUUUGGAUGUCAUGCACAUAGAAAAGAAUGUGUGUGAAAGCAUUGUCGGUACGUUACUUGACAUCCCUGGUAAAAGUAAAGAUGGUUUGUCUAGUCGUUUAGACCUUGUUGAGUUGGGUAUAAGACACAGUUUGGCACCUGUGGAUAAAAUUUGGCGGCCUAUCCCAAUAUUCUGA